GUUUUGCGGCUUUUUUCUUUUUUGUUUGUUUUUUACCGGAAGCUGCGCGGUUUCAGCGUCAGAACCGGACUUCUACCGACGGCCUGGUUCCGUCUCCCCGGUUCUGUCACCGAGCGGCGGGAUUUAACGGCUCUGGGCUCCGGUAAAGUCCGUUAAUGAAGCCCCGGUUCUGCUGAAGGCGGAUGUCUGCCGGUUGGAGGAUGCGCACUGCGGUUCUGCGAACUGCGGUUCUGCUGUCCUGGUUCUGUUUGUGGACCCGGAGCCAGAGGUUGGACCCCGACAGCUGGUCCGACGGAGCCGUGAUGACGUCAGACGGUCUCUGUCGCUACGGUAACAGUGUGGAGUGCUGCUGGGGAUGGAAGCCGAUGGACCGAGGACGAUGUCAGCCCGACUGUCAGCAGGGAUGUAAACACGGUGACUGCGUCGGACCCGACAGAUGCAAGUGUCACCCCGGAUACACCGGCAAGGCCUGUAACCACGACCUGAAUGAAUGCGGUGUGAAGCCUCGGCCCUGCAAACAUCGAUGCAUGAACACAGUGGGAAGCUACAAGUGUUACUGUCUGGAUGGAUUCACCCUGAUGGAGGACGGCAGCUGCAGGAAUGCUCGGACCUGUUACCAUGCCAACUGUCAGUACGGCUGUGAGGUCAUCAAGGGGGCGGUCCGAUGCACCUGUCCAUCUCCGGGGUUACGCCUGGGGCCGGACGGACGCACCUGCAUCGACGUGGACGAGUGCUCGUCGGGCCGCUUCGUUUGCGCUCGCCGCAGGAAAUGCGUCAACACGUUCGGCAGCUACACCUGCAGAUGUCACCUGGGGUUCAGACUAAUGUUCAUCGACGGACGCUACUCCUGUAUCAAUAAAGACAGUCGGACGUUCUGUUCUCUCAAUCCGUCGUCUCCAAAGUGCAGAUGUAAAGACGGCAGCUGCGGCGAUAUUCCCAAAGUGAGUCUGGAGCCACAGAAACCAAGAACUACAAUUCCCACCACCACUACCACUACUACCAGUACUACUACUACUAGGACUAGUACUACUACUACUACUACUAGUACUAGUACUACUACUAUGAAAGCUCGUCAAACUGCCACCACUACUGUCCCCACAACAACCACUGCCUUAGCAACAACCAUCACGGCUACUACAGACGCUGCUACCACCGAAACAACCACUUCAAUACCCACUACUAGUACUACUACUACUACUAGUACUACUACAGCUACUUCUGUUACUACUGCUACUACUACUACAACUUCUCCUGUUACCACUACUACUACAGCUACUCCUGUUACUACUAUAGCUAUUACUACUACUCCUGUUACUACCACUACUACAACAACUACUCCUGUUACUACCACUACUACUACCCCAACUACACCACCUCCUGCCACCACUACAAGUAUGAGUAUACCAACUACUCUGGUUACUACAACUGAACUGGAUACUACAACUCCAACAAUACCUCCUCCUCCUACUAUUACUCCUGUUACUACCACUACUACUACUACUACUACUUCUACUACUACUCCAAGUACCACACCCCCUCCUACUACUACCAUGGUUACCACGGUUGCCCCGGUGACGACCACCGUUAGCAACAAGAUCAACAACGACGUGACGCACAAGCAGAGAGGCGACGUCCACAUUCCUCGACAUCCGGGUCACAACCAGGUCUGGGAGUUUGACAUCGAGCUGGGAAACACUGCCGACGACGCCCGAGACGACCCUGAUGUCGGAGUUCUUCGCUGUUCCUUCGAUGGCGGAGUUUGUGGCUGGAUGUCGGACGGAGAUGGAGAUCUGGACUGGGAAACGGUUAACAACCCUGCAGGUGAGAGAUACCUGUCCGUUCCUGAACUCAAGGCGGGGCAAAGGAGCAUCCGUGGUGCUCGAUUGGCCGUCCAGAUCACCCCUACCUGGCGCCAUGGCGAGCUAUGUUUCUCUUUCUCCCAUUGGCUGACAGGGCAUCAUGUAGGUGUGUUGCAGCUGUUCAUCAGGAAAACGGGACAAGACCGAAGGUAUGGCUCCGCCCUCUGGAGCAGGACAGGUGGACACGGUUGGAGACACACGCAGGUUACCUUGACGACGCCCUCUGUGGACAAGGUGUUGCUGAAGGCCGAGCGCCGGAUUGGACGAAGAGGUCAGAUCGCCAUUGAUGACGUCACACUGAGACGGGGGGCGUGUCGAUGAAAUCACUGCGGAAUGAGGACGUUUUUCUCUCAGAUUGAAUUCAAAGACUGGGAUUGCAUUUAAAGGACGGACUCGAUGAUUUAUCUAUCGGACAGUCUCACACCCAGAGACGGGAGAAGAUUAUUUUUGGUUUCGAUGUCGUUGAUUUCAUCCUGACUACAUCUUUAAACAAAUAUCUCUCUGAAAUCUCUAAUUAGUCAAUGUUGUCUGGUCUGUAAAAAUCAAUCAGUGUCCAAGACGAUGUCCAGAUUUCAUGAAAAUUUUUCUCAUUUAAGAAGCUUUUUCUUCUUUAAAAAUACUCAGAUUGAUUUUCAAAGUAGUUGGAGAUAGAUAAUAAUAAAAUAUUUAAUAUUAAUUCUUUCACUUUUUUAAAAAGCUUGAAAAAGUCUUAAAUUUAAUUUGACGAAAGUCUGAAAUAAAUGUAAGAUUUAUUGAGAUUUUGGAGCUAAAACCGACAAAUUACCUAAAACUGACCGACUGUUACAACUUUAAAAAGAAUAAUUUGAUUUAAUUUAAUUAUACAGACAGACAUUGUUCCACAUCAUUUCUGCAGUUAAAACUAGUUCAUACUUCAGUAUUACAGUUGAAUUCAAAGGUCUAAAAACUUGAACAAACCCUAUCAAAGUGAAGCAGCAGUUAAAAGUCAACUAACUGGACUUUGCUUUGUUUCAGUGUAAAAUAUUAUCGAGUUUAACUGAAACAGCGACGUCACGUUAAGCUGAUCUACGUCUAGUCAGUGUUCUUCGUCUCGUACAUAAAUUAAGUCUCCACAGUGUUGGUUUAUAUUUCUACAGUGUUUUAGAUUAAAUUUAUACAGAAAGUUGUUUUAUG